AUGAGCGGCUCCAGGGCGCGGGCGGCGGCGGCGGCGCCGGGGCCGGACAAGAAGCUGCCGCCGGGGUCCGCGGGGCCUCUCAGCCGCCUGCGUGGCCGACGCGGAUCGGCAGAUGCGCCGCCACGGCAGCCUUGGACCGAGUCCGAGUUGCUAGCGCUGGAGACCGUCCGGCCCGAGCACGUCCUGGGGCUGUGCCGGGUGACGGAGAAUUAUUUAUGCAAACCUGAGGACAACAUUUACAACAUUGACUUCACCAGGUUUAAGAUCCGGGACCUUGAAACUGGAACAGUACUAUUUGAAAUUGCCAAGCCAUCUGCUUCAGAGCACGAUGAGGAGGAUGAAGAUGAGAGCAGUGAACUGGACGCGAGUGCAGGUCGCUUUGUUCGGUACCAGUUCACCCCAGCGUUUCUCCGUCUUCGGACUGUUGGUGCAACAGUGGAAUUCACAGUGGGAGAAAAGCCAGUGUCGAACUUCCGAAUGAUUGAGAGACAUUACUUCCGAGAUCGCUUGCUGAAGAACUUCGAUUUUGAUUUUGGCUUCUGCAUCCCCAGUAGCAGGAACACAUGUGAACACAUUUAUGAAUUCCCUCAGCUCUCAGAAGACCUUAUCCGUCUGAUGGUUGAAAACCCGUACGAGACGCGCUCGGACAGCUUUUACUUUGUGGACAACAAGUUGAUUAUGCACAACAAGGCCGACUAUGCUUACAAUGGAGGACAGUAACCAUUCUGUCUGCUGGAUGCUGUGAUGCCCUUAACCAUUCCAGAUGUGCAGGAGUGGACUGGAGUUGCUGUCUUGUGCAGCAAGGCUUCUUGCCAAACUUUUUCUCUGUGCAUGAGGCUGAGAACAUGAAGCGAAGACGACGGCUCCUGAAAGGAAAUCUCCCUGCAACACCUCUCUAUCUGACACUCAGUGUAUCCUGCCUCUCCUUCUCUGUUCCUGGCUAUCUUCUGAUACCUUUGGUUAGGUCAGUGAUCAGAGGCACUCAGACAAUUCUUGCUCUUAGUCUUUCUAGUUAGGUUCCACCUUUAGUGCUUCUGAUGUUUCACCUCUUGGGUGAAUAUCCUUUUUCAACAGGUCAGAUUGUUUGUGUUAAGCUAUUUCUUAGCAGAAAAAUCUUAACCUCUUCAGUGGCAGUGGUUUCGUUUGUGGCAUGACACAUUGUUUUUUAGGGUGCAUCCCAAUAUUCUCCAGUGGGAAAGAGACUAAUUCAGCUUCUAAGCAGUGCAGGAAUAUUCCAUCUGCCUCUGGGGGUCUGAGCUGCCCCUAAAAACAUUUAAUCUGUUUUGGCAGAGAUUUCACUAGAGAUACAAGAUGGAGGAAAAGGGGGCUAUCCCUCUGAUAACAUUUCUCUUUGAGCUUUUGUGAGCAAAUUGUUGAAUUUUGGAGCUCAGGGGUCAAUCUUAGAGCUGAAGUUAAUCUCACUAUAUUUAUCUUCUCUCCUUCUUCCCUUUGUAGGAAUUUUGGCUCUUGCUACAGAAUGUAUUGCUUUUUAGGUGGAUGGGACAUUGUCAGCCUGGCUGGGGUAGAGGUUUCACUCCAGUGGGGCUUAGAGGAAAAAGGGAGAGAAUGUGGAAAAUCACUUGAAAAAAUACUAGGAAGCAGAGCUUCCUGGACUUCAGUCUACACUUGUAAACCUGACUGGUCUGUCAGAGUUGCUGUGAGCAGCACCAGCUCAGUUUCUUUGUUACAGUGGAGAUAUUGGUAGCUUAAAGCUUCCCAGGUCAGGUUACUCAGUGUUAUGGAGUGGAAUCCUUGGAAAGUGAGAAUGUACAUGUUCUCUUUUUCCUUGUUCCCAUCACUGCUCUGCCUGUUCAGCUGCUUAUUUAUGGCUUAGGAAGUCACACUGCUGAGGUUGAUGCCACAGCCGUGUUUGGUAUCUGGCAAUGGGAGACAGCAUCAUGCAGUGGGAAAAGGAAGACCUGUGUCUUGCCAAUAGCUGUGCUGGGGCCCAGCUCCCAACUGUGCAAAAUCUCAGCUAUCAAAACUCUUUUUUGCCAGUUUUGCUGGCUCUCAGGAGUGGUACUUUUCCUGUCCCCAUGCUGGGCUGGUCAGUUGUGUCUCUUGUUAGGGGAGUUAGGUUGUAUCUACACUUGAGACCUUUCCUAAUAGUAGUUCCAGUUGUUCUUGAGACAGUUAAAACCUAACACUUCAAUGGUUGUGUUAAGAGGGAUUCAGCGUAGUUUGUGUUUUAGCAGGAUUGAGUGGGAUGGACAUCAGAGCCUAGAGCCUGUUAACACAUAGGAAAUGCAUAGCAAUAGGAAACUGCUGCCUUUACUUCCAGAUUAGUGAAAGUAACUUUGGCAAGGAUCAUCAGCUGGCAUCAGAGUAAGCAGUGAGAGUGUGUGGGGUAGCAGACAUGAAAGAAUCUCCAGCUCUUAGGAAGAGAUUUAAUUAUGAUUAACCACAACAAAUGACCUAUUCUGGGUGGAGCAUUAAUCAUGAGCAGCCACAAUAAAUGUCUUGGGAAUGUGGAGGGGCAAGGUCUGCCUGAUGGAAAGAUGAAUAAUAAUUCUGCCACCAUCGAUCCCCUCCAGCAUCUCCACAGGCACCAAUGCAAUCUUGUUUAGGAUCUUCAGGAUUAGGUAAAGCUGCUGUAGAGGUGGAGCUCGAGAUGCCUCUUGCAGUGAACACCUCCAGCAGCCCUCAUGCUGUGCCUCUAGGUGGGAAGUGUUUGCUUUGCUCUAAGUUACCACAAGGCAGAAUGCCUGGAAGUGUGGUUUUCAUCCUGAAGUGUUCAGAAAUAGUGUCUGAAGGGCCUCCUACUUAUUCCCUGGGAAAUUUUAGCAUAUUGAGCUGAAUUUUGUAUGUAGUAUAAAUCCAGGUGCCUUUAAACGUUACUUUUAUCGCAGUUUCUACAUGAAGCAAGCUCUCGCUUUUCUUAGGAGUGUGA